GCCCACUCGCGCUGGGGCGGGUCUCGAACGCCGACACUUGCGCGGGGCGCGGCCGGCAAUCAAAAAAGGCCCCGGGUUCCAGGUCGCGCGGUUCCGGCCCCUGCGGCCGCCCCCUUCCUUCCUGGGCUCGGCGGGUGCGGGAAAAAGGGUGAAAGAGAAACUUGGCGACCUCCCGGAGGAGUUCGCGGAGCGACCAGGAGCGUGUGCCCAUCGUCCUCACCCGGCAUCCAAUUCCACCACAGAGUCGGGAUCUCGUCGGUGAUCAUGAUGGGGUGGUGAGAGGUGGAUGAGGAAACAGGCACCAAUACAACUGAUUUGACCUCCAGUGGGAUAGAUACCAUUAGCACCAGGAUCGUGUCUCAGUUGACACAGAUCUGAACCGAAUUAAGACGAACAAGCUUUCACAAUUGCAGCAGAUGAAGAUCCAUUGGUAAAUCGAUCAGAAUUUUUGGCCUACCCUCCAAAGAAAAGGAGCGGAAAGAAUGUCGGAGCGGGCCGCGGAUGACGUCAGGGGGGAGCCGCGCCGCGCGGCGGCGGCGGGCGGAGCAGCGGCCGCGGCUGCCCGGCAGCAGCAGCAGCAGCCUCCGCAGCCCCAGCGGCAGCAGCAGCCGCCACCGCCGCCGCCACGGCGCCCACGGCCGGAGGACGGCGGGCCCGGCUCCGCCUCCACCUCGGCGGCCGCAAUGGCGACGGUCGGGGAGCGCAGGCCUCUACCCAGUCCUGAAGUGAUGCUGGGACAGUCGUGGAAUCUGUGGGUUGAGGCUUCCAAACUUCCUGGAAAGGACGGGACAGAAUUGGACGAAAGUUUCAAGGAGUUUGGGAAAAACCGAGAAGUCAUGGGGCUCUGUCGGGAAGACAUGCCAAUAUUUGGUUUCUGUCCAGCCCAUGAUGAUUUCUACUUGGUGGUGUGUAACGACUGUAAUCAGGUUGUCAAACCGCAGGCAUUUCAAUCACAUUAUGAAAGAAGACAUAGCUCAUCCAGCAAGCCUUCUUUGGCCGUUCCUCCCACUUCAGUAUUUUCCUUCUUCCCUUCUCUGUCCAAAAGCAAAGGAGGCAGUGCAAGUGGAAGCAACCGUUCUUCCAGUGGAGGUGUUCUUAGCACAUCCUCAUCAAGUUCCAAGUUGUUGAAAUCACCCAAAGAGAAACUGCAGCUCAGGGGGAACACCAGGCCAAUGCAUCCCAUUCAGCAAAGUAGAGUCCCCCAUGGUAGAAUCAUGACGCCCUCUGUGAAAGUGGAAAAGAUUCAUCCGAAAAUGGAUGGCACACUACUGAAAUCUGCGGUGGGGCCAACCUGUCCUGCUACUGUGAGUUCCUUAGUCAAGCCUGGCCUUAACUGCCCCUCAAUACCAAAGCCAACCUUGCCUUCACCUGGACAGAUUCUGAAUGGCAAAGGGCUUCCUGCACCGCCCUCUCUGGAAAAGAAACCUGAAGACAAUUCCAAUAAUAGGAAAUUUUUAAAUAAGAGAUUAUCAGAAAGAGAGUUUGAUCCUGACAUCCACUGUGGGGUUAUUGAUCUCGAUACCAAGAAGCCCUGCACCCGGUCUUUGACAUGCAAGACACAUUCCUUAACCCAGCGCAGGGCUGUCCAGGGUAGAAGAAAGCGAUUUGAUGUGUUAUUAGCCGAGCACAAAAACAAAACCAGGGAAAAGGAAUUGAUUCGCCAUCCGGACUCUCAGCAACCACCGCAGCCUCUCAGGGACCCGCAUCCCGCCCCUCCUAGAACGUCACAGGAGCCGCACCAAAACCCUCACGGAGUGAUUCCUUCUGAAUCAAAGCCUUUUGUAGCUAGUAAACCUAAACCUCACACCCCCAGUCUUCCAAGGCCUCCAGGCUGCCCUGCUCAGCAAGGUGGGAGUGCCCCCAUUGACCCUCCUCCAGUCCAUGAAUCUCCACACCCUCCCCUGCCUGCCACUGAGCCAGCUUCUCGGUUAUCCAGUGAGGAGGGCGAAGGCGAUGACAAAGAAGAGUCUGUUGAAAAACUGGACUGUCAUUAUUCAGGUCAUCAUCCUCAGCCAGCAUCUUUUUGCACAUUCGGGAGCCGGCAGAUUGGAAGAGGCUAUUACGUGUUUGACUCCAGGUGGAACCGGCUUCGCUGUGCCCUCAACCUCAUGGUGGAGAAGCAUCUGAAUGCACAGCUAUGGAAGAAAAUCCCACCAGUGCCCAGUACCACCUCACCCAUCUCCACACGUAUUCCUCACCGGACAAACUCUGUGCCGACAUCACAAUGUGGAGUCAGCUAUCUGGCAGCAGCCACCGUCUCUACAUCCCCAGUCCUGCUCUCAUCUACCUGCAUCUCCCCAAAUAGCAAAUCGGUACCAGCUCAUGGAACCACACUAAAUGCACAGCCUGCUGCUUCAGGGGCGAUGGAUCCUGUGUGCAGUAUGCAAUCCAGACAAGUGUCCUCUUCAUCCUCAUCCCCUUCCACGCCCUCUGGCCUUUCCUCGGUUCCCUCCUCCCCUAUGUCCAGGAAACCUCAGAAAUUGAAAUCCAGCAAAUCUUUGAGGCCCAAGGAGUCUUCUGGUAACAGCACUAACUGUCAAAAUGCCAGUAGCAGUACCAGUGGCGGCUCAGGAAAGAAACGCAAAAACAGUUCCCCACUGUUGGUUCACUCUUCCUCCUCCUCUUCCUCCUCCUCCUCUUCUUCUCAUUCCAUGGAGUCUUUUAGGAAAAACUGUGUAGCUCACUCUGGGCCUCCCUACCCCUCAACGGUAACAUCUUCCCAUAGCAUCGGCCUCAACUGUGUGACGAAUAAAGCAAAUGCGGUGAACGUCCGGCAUGACCAGUCAGGGAGGGGCCCCCCCAGCGGGAGCCCUGCUGAAUCCAUCAAGAGGAUGAGUGUGAUGGUGAACAGCAGUGAUUCCACUCUUUCUCUUGGGCCCUUCAUUCACCAGUCCAAUGAACUGCCUGUCAACUCCCACGGCAGUUUUUCCCACUCACACACUCCUCUAGACAAACUCAUAGGAAAGAAAAGAAAGUGCUCACCCAGCUCGAGCAGCAUCAACAACAGCAGCAGCAAACCCACAAAGGUUGCCAAAGUGCCAGCCAUGAACAACGUCCACAUGAAACAUACAGGCACCAUCGCAGGGGCACAAGGACUGACAAACAAUUCCCUCCUUCAUCAGGAUAUCUCCUCACCUUGCUUACGAACAGGAAUUUCAGCAACAUCACCCCAGAGCCCUGAUUUAAAAUCCAAAGGCACGUCCCUGACAGCUGAAAAUAGCACGGGGAGGAAUAAUGCGGACACUUUUGAGGACAAGUUACACCUCCACUCAGCACUCUGGACUCCACGAUGCCUUUGAGUCUGUUUUCCCAACCUCCUGUGGGCCUCAAGGGUAGAAACCUGCCUGGCUGUUGUUUUAACAGAGGAUUUCCCUGAAGCUGUGUCUCUAGCAGUGAGUACUCAUAAAGGACACUGGAUCAAGUUCAGCCACCGAAUUGCUUUUAUCAGUGUUAAAGUGGUCUGGACUGCUUGUACCAAUCUGUGAGAAGUUUUUGUUUUUGUUUUGUUUUUUAAUUUGCAGUAUAUCACGGAGCCACUCUUCAAGUAGAUUGGCUGGGCAAAAGAAUGUUUUGGCAAGAGCAUUACUGUAGACCUUUCUCCCUCCUUCCUUUUACUACCUUUUUUUUUUUUUUUUUUAACACUGUCGUCUGUAGGUCACUCUCCAGCAGUUAGGCACCUUAACUGGAGACCAGAAACCUUCCAGAGGACAGAGGGCUGCAUCCCAAGCAACCCUCUGAAGAAGGAAAUUAGGCUUUAGAUUUUGAUAGCAGUGUUCCAGGAAUGAAAUACGGAUGUUAGCCCAAGGCACCAUGACAAAGUAGCCCAGCCUUUUGAAAGUAAUUUGGGAAAAGAAACUGUCAGAAGUUUCUAACUUACAAACUGGUUUGAGAUUUUCGAUGCCCAGACAGCAAGUAUAAAUUAUUUUGGAGACUUACUUUUCGUGAUUCAAAAGCAAUUCUGUGUGUGUGUGUGUGUGUUUUUUUUUUUUUUUUUUUUUUUUUUUUUUUUUU